CGUUUAAAUUCUCAUGGUUAUGUUUUGAUAGCAAAUUUUUUUACAUGAUAAUAUGUUUAUUCCAUCAGUUUUUCAGGUUUCAAAAAGUUAAGUUUAAUCAUAACUGAGCAUAAUGAAUAUUGGAUCAGGAACCGGGCCAAAUAAUGAUUUGCAGUAUGUGGCAUUCAAUCAGGAUCAAUCUUGCUUUGCAUGCGCUACGACUAAUGGAUUCAGAAUUUUUAAUUGUGAACCAUUAAAGGAACGUGUGAGACAUGAAUUCACGAAUGGUGGUCUUGGUUUCAUUGAAAUGCUUUUUAAUUCUAAUUACUUGGCAAUAGUAGGAGGAGGCGAAAGACCUCUUUAUCCCUUAAAUAGAGUUCAGAUAUGGGAAGACGUAACUAAAAAUGUAACACUAAAUUUAGAAUUCAAUUACCCUGUACUAGGUGUGAGACUCAGGAGAGACCGGAUUGUUGUUAUUAUGGAAAAAAUGAUCAAAGUAUAUACAUUCACUCAAAAUCCAACUCAGCUCCACAUUUUUGAAACCCACACUAAUCCAAGAGGUUUGUGUGCCUUAUGUCCUAAUAGUGAUAAUGCCUUACUGGCUUUCCCAUGGAAUAAAGCAGGAAGUGUGCAAUUGAUGGACCUCGGCAAUGCUGAAAAAGAUUUUAUUAACAUAGAUGCUCAUUCUUCAGAAAUAGCUUGUAUGACUUUAAAUAACCAAGGAACACUUUUGGCUACUGCUAGUGUAAAGGGGACAUUGAUUAGAGUUUUUAAUACUUCAACAGGGACAUUAAACAUUGAAGUUAGGAGAGGAAGUAAUUAUGCACUUAUACACUCUAUAAAUUUUAACCACCAAUCAACAAAAAUGUGUGUGUCAUCAGAUCGAGGUACAAUCCAUAUUUUUGCUUUGGAUGAUCCUUCUUUAAAUCAGCGUUCGCAGUUGGCUAUGUCUAGUAUUCUGACAUCAUAUUUUUCAUCCAGCUGGUCUUUCUGCAGAUUCUCAGUUCCUGAUUACCAAGCAUGUAUUUGUGCUUUUAGUUCAAAUGAUGAGUAUAUUCAUGCUGUUUGUGCUGAUGGCUACUUCUACAAGUUCUCAUAUGAUCUAAAUGGUGGUUAUACAAGAGAAUUUAGUGCCUCCUUUUUAACUCUUAGCGAAAAUAAUGACAAUAAUUUGGCGUAGAAUUAUAUUGGCCAAAUUGAAAUAAUUUUGUUGAAUUGAAAAGAAUUGUGAUUGUACUUGUAUUAUCAAUAUUAUAUGUUAAGUCUUCAAAAAAUUAAACCCAAUGAUACUGCAAGAGAACAUAUUUAUUUGAACUGAAAAACAGAGACAUAUUUAAUAUUAUUUAGUUUAAUUUGGGAGAUUGAGACUGUAGUGCUCAUCAGUAUAUAGAGAAAACUGAAAAGAUUGGUUUUAAAUUCAAUUGUAUUAGAUGUUAAGAGCUAUUAAAUUGUGAUUAUUUUAGAAUAUUUUAUGGUGGUCCAAGAGAGAUAAGUUACAUUCAGUAUUUCAGUUGAAAUUUCUGAAACUGUAUAUUUCCAUUUAUCUGAAUCAACAAUAUUUAAAUAUAUUUUUAUUAUGGA